AUGGGAGAAGGCAAAGAUGUUUUGAGGAAUAAUUACACUGAUCUAAGUGACACCACGUUAUUUGCAUCCCUCUCAAUAGGUCCAUCAAUACCGUUUAACCAAAUUAUACCUCCAGAAGGAUUACAAAUUGAUGAGAUGUCCAUUCCCAAGGUAUCUCAGGACAAUUAUGACAACAAUACUCCUACGUUGAUGAUGAGUGGUGGUAGUCAGGACAAUGAGAUAGAUGUUUAUGUUACAACAAGACAAUUCCAAUUUUGGGAAUCUACUUCUAAUAGUCCACAUGAUAUCCAGGAUGACGCCCUCUCUUCAUGUAAUGCUGAGUUUGCAUCCUGCUUAGAAUUGAGUCCUGCUAUCUCCACCCCUGUACAUAAUUCCUUGAAGAGGCAAUCUUCAAAUAUGAAUAUACUAGCUGAAGUCAACAAACGAAAGAGGUCUGGGCAAUGUGAUUCCAACGAAUCAUUGACUCCAUUAAGUUUCAACCAAGAGUUGUUUGAUUCAGUCUUUUCUGAAGCAGAGCUUUUCGAGCAAGGUGAUUCCAUUUAUAAACCAAAUAUAGAAUCAUUCACCAAUGUUGAAUACCUAAAUAAACUAUCCCGCGAAUCUUCAACAAGAAUCCAAGAAUUCGCCAAUUGCUUAGCUUAUAGACUACUGAAAUACACUGACGAAACAUAA